AUGUUGCUUAUUGAAAUGGCUUUUAAUGCGAUGAAAAUGAAGAUAUUUAGUUUGAGAAAAAUCAAAGUGAAAAGUAAAGAAUAAUAUUUAUAUAAUUAUUAAUAAAAGCUCUUAAUUUUAGGUUAAGGAAAAGAAAAGAAUAAUAAAUAGUAUAAGAAAGAUAUUGAAAUGGGUGGCUUCUAGAAAUAUCCUAUUCCUCGUUACUUACAUGUUGGUUAGUGGAUUGUCAAUAAAAACUGGAAAUGGAAUACUUUCCAUAUGUUUUUCCCCACUGCCAUUCUUUGCUUCAUGGUUUGGAGAAAUUCUAUGAUAUCAACAGCAAAACCACCUAAUUAUGGUGAAUACGUUGAUCCUCAAAGCCCUGUUGCUCCCAAGGCUAUCAAAUACUGA